AUGGAGAAACUGGAUGGGAAGUGUACUACGUACGUCGGGUGGAGCGAGGGGAGUGGACGAAACACACCGCUUCCUUCCCCGUCUCGCCGUCGCCUCGCCUUCACCCGCUCCCUCCCCGAAACCCUACACCCCCCGCGGCGCCGCCGCUACCAUGGCCUCCUCCCACUCCAGCAUCGACGCCCAAAGAAGAAGGGCCUGCGGGGAGCCAAGGACGCGAAUGGGGAAACCAUGCUUCAUUUCGCUUCGAUCCAGGGCUGCCUGGUGAGCUGCCUGUUCCUGUUCCUGGUGGAGGAGGCGGGGCUUGAUGUCAACUCGGAGUCAAAGGCAGGUGUGACACCCAUGGUCCUCGCCGCACUCCAGGGAAAUGUCGAGGUUACGAGGUACCUUCUUGAUCAUGGCGGUGACCCUGCGAUGCCCGAUGAGAGGGGCUCCACGCCGCUGCACAAUGCAGCAGCGGCAGGGCACUGCGAGGCUGUAAGGCUAUUGCUGUCGAAAGGAGUUAAUCUGGAUCCUAUCCAUUACCAAGGGACACGAUUACACUUGGCUGCUGUGGAGGACCAAGAUCAGGUUGUAAUGGUUCUGCUGGAGCAUGGGGCUGAUCCCAAUAAAGAUGUUCAUCACGUAUUUUCAUACCUCAUGAUGACUGUCUGUGGGAAGUCCUUGAAAUGCAUGAGGCAACUUAUUGAGACUGGUGCCGAUGUGAACGCUUGUGAUUACUCUGGGCCAACUCCUUUUACGGAGGCUGUUGCUGAUGGCUUAACCGACUUUGUCAAGGUCUUGCUAGAUGCUGGAGCCAACCCUAACAUCCCUAACCAGCAUGGAGCAAUACCUAUCGAGCUAGCAGCAGAUAGUGAUCGACACAAGCUUGUUCAAAUUCUAUUCCCUAGGACAAAACCAAUUAAAUCUCUGCCAGAUUGGAGUGUUGAUGGGAUAAUUAAAACUGUGAAUUCUCCAAAAAUCAAUGCUCCUCCGAUUGGUAAUGCAGGGUUAGAUGUUCCACGAGCUGCAGGCCAAACCAUGAAAGCAAUUAUGGAACUACUGAGAGUUUGUACUAUGUACCCGUUGCUGGUCUUUUUGCUUGCCAUCCUUCUAUUAUCUACUGGGGUGCAUUCCAUCAGACAUGAUACAAGUUUCAGUGAGGGCACUUGUCGAUAUGACAUGAUCAGUCUUGCAGUCCUCUCAUGCAUUCAACCGGACAAGCCAUGGAAGUCACCCUCAGUCUCAUGCUGCAAAGCACUGAUACAUGCAAUUGACGAGUUGCCGGCUAGCGGUGAGAAUGGAAAGUGUUGUUUAUGCCGUUUCAUGAGGGCAAAGCUUCAUUAUCCUGAAUUGGCAGCAACAUAUAUCUCUUGCCAUGGAAAGGACAGAGCUGUUGUUGCAAAAUGGUCGUUUCCUGUCGUGGUAUGCGGCAAAGCUUGUUCACGAAAAGAGAUUGCCCUCCUCGUAAGGGGACUGUCAUGGAGAGGCCUCCCUCAAAUUCACAUGGCAGCAAGAUCCUUUUUAUCUUGUUUGCAGCUCUCUUCAUCAUUCUGUUGAUCUUCAUCUUGUACCUCUGGUGGGUCAGGCGGGCUGCCCCAGGGCGACGCGAAUCUCUACCGUUAAUGCAGAUUCAAAAGCAGGCCAGAUCAUCUCCCGGGAGUGGCCGCCGACAAUCCUCUGGGCGGUUGAAGGAGCGUCAGCCAUCUGGAUAGUGAAGCACUUAUUCUUGAAAGAAACCUUAAUCGUGAACAGAUUCAGAUUUGCUGCUGUCUUCCUGUUAGUGCAGCAGCACAUAACUGUUUUGUCUCCAAGGCUUGUUUAGGGAUCAUACUGGUACUUAACGUGCUGCAAGUGACUGGUUGCAUUAUUACAUACAGAGCCAAAAUGUUUUCUCA